AUGUUUCGUUUAUCAAUUGAACGUUGGUUUUCUUGUCAAUAUCGUUAUCGUUCAACAGUUUACAUUAAAUUUAUUUUAUGUUUAGUAAUAAUAUAUCUAUUAAAUUUAAUUAUUGGUGUACAAUAUUAUCUAUGGUCCGAAAGAUCAUUUGAGAAUGAAUAUCGUUUAAAAAUGACACAUAUUGAUAUUAGAAAUAUAGAUGAAGAAAAUCCAGAAAAAAUCUUAGGUAUACCAACAAAUAUUAUUGCACAUGAAUUUAUUAUUAAAAAUGAAUAUUUAUGUCAUGAUGGAAAUCAAACAACAACUAAUCAACCACAUUUACUUAUUCUAGUUAAAUCAGCUAUUGAAAAUUCGAAAGCACGACAAGCGAUUCGAAUGACAUGGGCAAAAAAAGAUUUUUUACAAACAAAUUCUAUUAAAGUAGCUUUUGUUGUUGGUAUUAGUAAAUCAGAAAAAGAUUCUCCAAAUACAAACAAAAAGACGUUAAAUGUGGAAAAAGAAUCUCAACAAUAUAGUGAUAUUAUUCAAAUCGAUAAAUUAGAUUUUUAUUAUCAUAAUUCAUAUAAAAUGGUAAUGAUGCUUCGUUGGAUAAGCGAAUAUUGUUCAUCAAAAUUUUCUCAAUACUCAUAUAAUGAUCUUCGAAAAUAUGUUUUAUUUAUUGAUGAUGAUUAUUAUCUUGAUUUAAAUUCAUUAUUAACAUAUAUAAAUAAAGUUGAUCAAGAUUCUCAUAUGACAGUAUAUGAAAGACGAACAUUUUUAACUGGUUAUCUUUAUAAUUCUUCUCGUCCACGUCGAUUUUUAAAUGAUCGUUGGUAUAUAUCAAUAGAUGAUUAUCCAUAUGAUCGUUAUCCACCAUAUGUAACAGCUGGAUGUUUUUUAAUGACAAGAUCUAAUGCACGUCUGUUUUAUUUAGCAUCAAAAUAUAUACAUUUAUUUCGUUUUGAUGAUAUUUAUAUGGGUUUGUUAGCUUAUUCAAUGUCAAUUAAAUUAAUUUCAAAUAAUGAAUUAUUUUCAUCAUAUGGAUCAUCAAUAAUUUUACCAGAUAAUCAACCGGGAAUUUUUUCAAGAUUAAAAACAUUUUUUUAUAAUAAAAUCAAUUUAAAAUCAACAGUAAAACCUGUUUGUAUUCAUGGAUAUCGUGGCGAAGAAUUAAUUGAUAUUUGGAAUCGUAUUCAUCACAGUAAUCUUACUCUUCCAUUGCUUAACUGA